CUCCUCCUCCUUCCACCUCUCUCUCUCUCUCACUCUCUCCGUUAGGGGGGAGGGAGGGCAAAAGGGAAUGAGAGGCCGUAAAACAUCACAUUAAAGACGACGACGACGACGUCGUCUCCCCCCCCUCCCCCACCCGCUCUAACGGUUUUAACCGUCACUUUUUAAAUUCCCCCCCUCCCCCCUCCUCCGUUCCUGAGGAGAAUUUUUUUUUAUAUAUAUAAACAAUGGGAGUCCAAGGGUUUCAGGAAUUCAUCGAGAAACACUGCGCCGCGGCCGUGGUGCCGGUCGAGCUGCAGAAAUUAGCCCGGGCCGCCCGCCACCGGGCCUCGGGCUUCAGGCCUGGGCUUUGCCCGCCUCCCCCCCCGGCCUCGUCGUCGCCGCCGACGCCGACGCCGCCCCCGCCCCCGCCACCCCCCCUCCGGCUGCUGCUCGACGCCGAGACCGGCCUCCACCGCCUGUACGGCGGCUCCUUCACCGACUGGGUGAGCGGCGGCCAGUGGAACCAGACCCUGGCCUACCUGGCCUCGCUGGCCGCCGCCUGCCGCGCCGCCGGCCUCGAGCUGGUCGUCGCCUUCGACGGCGCCCUGGCCAAGGGCCGCCUGCCCGACUGGGCCCGCCGCCAGAGCCAGGCCCGCCACAGCGCCCAGCUCGUCGUCAACCACGUCCGCAGCCGCGGCACCCCGCCGCCCCGCGUCUGGUUCCUGCCGCCGCCCUGCCUGGCCCACUGCAUCCGCCUGGCCCUGCUCCGCUUCCGCGUCAAGGUUGUCCAAAGUAUAGAAGACCACCACCAAGAGGUGAUCUCCUUCUACCGGGAGAAUGGAUUCCACGGCCUCAUCGCCUACGAUUCGGAGUACGCCCUGUGCAACGUUCAGUGCUACCUCAGCGCGCACGCCCUCAAGCUCAGCUGGAAUGGCAAGAGCCUGACCACGAACCAGUACCUGAUGCAGGAGGUGGCCAAGCAGCUGAACGUCAACCCGGCACAUUUCAGCAUCUUCGCCGCGCUGCUGGGGAACCACAUUCUCCCCGAUGAAGACCUGGCUGCUUUCCAUUGGAGCUUGUUAGGCCCAGACCAUCCGCUGGCUUCACUGAAGGUGAGAGCCCACCAGCUAGUCCUGCCGCCUUGCGACGUGGUUAUCAAAGCCGUCGCCCUGUACGUCAGCAGCAUUCCCGACAUCCGUGAUCUCGACGCCGUGGCUAAGGAUGUUUUCAAACACUCACGGGCCCGGACAGCAGACAAAACUGAACGGUUCAAGAGAGCUGUGGAGUAUUAUGCAGCUGCCAGCAAACCGAGGCCACCUCCUCCUCUUGGACCAUCUCCCUUCCUGGGUUUGGGCCCCGGGCAGUUCGGAAUGCCCCCUUUCCCGGCCUCUCACAUGCAAGGAAUUCCUCAGCCCAAACCAAUGUUCCCACCUCCGCCGAUGAUGCAGAAACUGCCGUACCAGCCCUUCCCGCCAGGACCAGGCCCUGCCGUCGCCUUCCCCCCCUCCCAGGCUCACCUGAUGCACGGGCCCCCCUUCGACCCCGGGACAGCCAGGCACGAUGGCCCCCUCCAGCGGCCCGGCAAGCCGUUCGGCGAGUGGGCUGGCUCCUACGGCCCACCGGCACCCGCCAGGAUCUCCAACCACGUUCCCGCAAAAGAAUCGCCGUCGCCCCUUCCUGAUUCUUCACCCUCCUCUUCCUCAGACGUGGAGGAACAGAACGGCGGCAUCGCGGCCAACCAUCUCACUGAGCAGCCCCCUCAACGUAAAGCAAACUGGGAAGCUGCUGGUGCAGCUCCCACUCCAAGCAAGAGUCCAGAGACGAGUGGCCCUGAGGGGGUAUCGGAUGCCAGAGCAGGGAGCCGGCAGCCUUCAGCUCCCGUGGCACAAGAUGUGGCCACCGCCCCCGUCAACCCCACUGCACACAUCCCAUCAUUGCUCUCCAUGCAAACCAGGAACCACAUGGACAUCACCACCCCGCCACUGCCCCUCGUCGCGCCGGAGGUCCUACGUGUGGCGGACCACAGACACAGGAAGGGUCUCAUGUACCCUUACAUCUAUCAAGUCCUGACAAUGGGCGAGUUGAAGCUCCCCGUCUGUAUCGAGGACGAGGCCAACAAUGACUUGCCCCCUGCCACUUUGCUGUACAGGUCAGCCAGGCAGUACAUCUAUGGUGUGCUCUUCAGUCUGUCCGAGACCCAGAGGAGGGCUGAGCGUUUGGCCAUGAGGAGGAGGAUUCCCGUGGAAGUUCCCCCGGUCAUUAUCAAGGAGUGGUCAGCCUACAAGGGCAAGUCCCCCCAGACGCCCGAGUUGGUGACGGGGCUGACCUUCAGGGAGUGGACCUGUCCCAACCUGAAGAAGCUGUGGCUUGGCAAGGCAGUGGAGGACAAGAACCGGCGGAUGAGGGCCUUCCUUGCCUGCAUGAAGUCAGACACCCCUGGGAUGCUGAACCCGGCCAACGUCCCCACCCACCUGCUGCUCCUCUGCUGUGUCUUACGGUACAUGAUGCAGUGGCCGGGCAGCAGGAUCUUGCACAGAUAUGAGCUGGACGCCUUCCUGGCGCAAGCUGUCUCCUCGAAACUCUACGAACCAGACCAGCUGCAGGAACUGAAGAUCGAUAAGCUGGACGCCCGCGGAAUCCAACUCGCUGCCCUGUUCAUGAGCGGCGUUGACACCGCGCUCUUCGCCAACGAUGCGUGCGGACAGCCCAUUCCCUGGGAGCACUGCUGCCCCUGGAUUUACUUUGACGGGAAGCUCCUGCAUAGCAAGCUGGUCCGGGCCACUCGCGAGAAGGCCCCUCUCAUUGACCUCUGUGACGGUCAGGCAGACCAGGUAGCCAAGGUGGAGAAGAUGAGACAGAGCAUCCUGGAAGGGCUGAAUCUUAGCCGCCAGCCCAUGCUGCCCCCAUCAAUGCCGCCACCGGCUUUUGUACCACCUAUGAUGGCGCCGUUCUACCCCAUGCCAAUGUAUGGCCGGCCAUUCGGGCCAGUUCCACCCCCUCAGGGCAGGGGCAGGAGUUUCGCUGGUAUCCAGCAGAUCCCGCAUCAGGGAGGGAAGCUGGAGAUCGCCGGCAUGGUGGUGGGGCAGUGGGCCGGAAGCCGGCCGGCACGAGGCCGGGGUUCGCUCAACCUACAGGUUGUCUGCGUCGGAGGACACGGGAGAGGGCAAGUGAAGGACUCCGCACUGGCUGGCAGAGGAGCCAGGGGGACCAGCACAAGGACCGUGGCGGCCACCAGCGACAGCAGCCAGCAGAACCCCGUGGCCAGCAGGUCAACCGCGCCAACCGAGUCUCCGGAGGCUCUCGGCCCCCAGAGUCCCCCGCUAGAGGAUGAGGAGGAGGAGGUGGUGGAGGAGGUGGAGGAGGAGGAGGAGGAGGAGGAAGAAGCGCCAGCGUUGCCCACGGAGAGCCGAGCACCUGGCGCCAGCGACGGCCAGGCCCAGCUGAAUGGGAGCCCGAAGAGCGAGGAGGAGCCGCAGCCUCCUGCCCUAUCGCCAAGUGCCUUAAAGAGGGACAGUGACCUUUGCAAUAGUAUUGCUCACCUCAAUGCACUAAAGGCAGACGACAGCUGCCACUGGGAGCAGAGAGCGGAAGCUGCCAUUCGCCGGAAGGAGGAAUAAAGUACGUCCCACCCUCAUCCACCA